AUCAAAUCUCACUCAUCCUUUCCUUCCGUAGAACGAAACAGUACGCCACUGCAAAUACUCCAAAUCCUUACACAGAAAGAAUUGCUUUCUCCAACCCAACAAAGCCAUUCUUUGCUCCUUUCUCAUGUCCGUCUUCCUUAUUGCAUGCCUUCACCGACUUGAUUAAUUUGUUGAUAUAAACCCAUUAAUUAUUUUCAGAAUCAAACGCUCACCCUGAAAGCAAAAAUCCGAACCCAAUCGAACAUUUAAGUUCACGACGUCUGAUCAUAAUCAUGUCGUUGAGCCCUCCUCGUUUGCGAAACAUGAAUCGCACCCGGAGGACCUUCCAGCUUUACUGGUGCUACCUGUGCCACCGGGCAGUCAGUAUUUCGAGCACGAACUCGUCGGAGAUCAUUUGCCCACGUUGUUCCGGGCAGUUCGUCUGUGAGUUUGACUCAGCCGGGCCAAGGCACGUCGUAGAUUUCAGAGGAGGUUACAAUCCCUCCCCCGAAAACCGUCUUCUGGAGGCUCUCGCUCUCCUGCUUCACCCACCCAUCAGGUUCUUCAGUGAUGUCUUGCUGUAUAACCAAGAAACUGAAUUUCGAGGCCGUCCCUCGUUUUCGCCGCAUUUCGAGAUGGGAGAUCGCCGGGACCCAGAAGCUGAAACUAGAGCCAGGCCACGUACAAGGCUGCGGCAUCGAAGUCUUGACGGAAGAGAGAACCCGAACCUGCGGGAACCUCGUAUUCAAGAAUGGCCUCGUACUCGGUUUGUUCGUAGACCUUCGGAUCCUUCCGACCGUUUCGCACCCAUUCUACAGCCGGAAAUUCCAAUUCCAGUGACUUCCGGAGUUGAUCCUACAAAUUUCUUUCUCGGGCCAGGGCUAAACGAAUUGAUCGAGCAAAUAAGUCAAAAUGAUCGGUCGGGGCCCCCUCCGGCACUUGAUUCUACAAUCAACGCAAUACCAACCGUGAAAAUCAUGGCGAACCACUUGGCCAGUGAGUGCUCGCACUGCCCUGUGUGCAUGGACGAGUUCGAGGUCGGUGGGGAAGCAAGAGAACUGCCCUGCAAACAUAUUUACCACUCGGAUUGUAUUGUUCCUUGGCUGCGGCUUCACAAUUCUUGCCCCGUUUGCCGGCACGAGGUGCAGACGCCGCCAUGUGUAGACAAUAUAGAACGAGACAUUACAUUCACCGAAUCUGAGGAUUCUCAUGGGGGAGGAUGGGGCAGGAGACGCCGGAGCUCGAGGCGGAAUCAAGAUGCCCCUAAUUUCUAUCCCUUCCGUUUUAGAUUCGGACGAGAUGAUAAUUCUACAUAGAGAUGAAACUGUUGCUACUUCUCGCAAAGUUAAUUCAUGGUGGAGUUCUUGCCCUAUAUAUUCUUUGGCACUUGAUUGUUGCUGCAUGCUUAUGCUGGAAACAACUCAUAUGAUCCACUUUAUUGUUCGACUGUUUUCUCUAGGAAUGUACGUGCGUUUCUAAGCAGGAAUAAUGAAGGGGGCGGGGCGCAUCUGGG